AUGUCUAUUCCGGAGCCAAUAACCACAACCGUUGCCACCAGCACCAGUCCAAACGCCGUAAGCCAAGACAACAUCAGCCAAGUACCCGGAAGCAUCCGCAGCAGCAUGGAACGAUUUGCACGAGCACCAGCUUCUGAGGGCCCUUACUUUGCCGGUGCGCGGAUGCUAGAGAGAUCGGCACACCUCACGGGGCUAUCAAGUCAACUCAAUGCCAUGGAGGAGAUUCUGAAGUCUGGAAGUUAG